ACAAACAAAGAGAGAGAGAGAGAGAGAGAGAGAGAGAGAGAAUAUGUAAAAAUAACAUGGAAAAUGUCAGAAAAAAUUGGUAUAUGUGCCAACCUAAGCCUAAAUAUUUAUCAUUUUGAUGACUCACUCCUCUACUUUUGGAAGAAGAGAGGGAGGCUUUCUGGGGUUGUCCUUUUUUAAAGUCUCUGCCUUUUCAACACUUGAAAAGCAAUACAGAUAUUCGGGAGAAUCUUGUUGUUCCUCAAACUUUGAAGAUCAAAAGCAACAUUGGAUAGUUUCAUAUCAUAUCUCAACUGGGUGGUUUUUCUCUUAGAGAGAGAGGAGAGAAAAUGUUGGAAGGCAAAGCUUUGAUUGAAGAUACUGAUAUGCCUGUGAAGAUGCAGAUCCAUGCCAUGACUUCUGCUUCCCAAGCUCUAGAUAUUUAUGAUGUUUGUGAAUAUGAAUCUAUAGCUGGCCAUAUUAAAAAGGAGUUUGACAAGAUAUAUGAAGGAGGAUGGCAAUGUGUGGUGGGUUCAAAGUUUGGGUGUUUUUUCACUCAUUCUGAAGGGACUUUUAUCUAUUUUACAUUAAUGUCUCUCAAGUUUCUCAUCUUCAAAGGGUCUUCUUCUCCCCCAUCCUCUCCACAUUGAUGUACAAAAUGUGUUUGGUUGCAAGGAAAAGUUGAGUAGAAAAAGGCAGAAAACUGAGGUUAACAAAGCACUGCAAAUUUCUUUCUUUUACCAUUUCCUGUCUUUUUGGUUAGUUCUUGGAUGUAUCUUUAAUGGGGCAGUCUAGUCUAAAGAAUAGAAAAGAACAAACACCAGAGGCACACACAUGGCGUUGGGCCACAUGUGUUUUUUUUGGAUUUUCUAUGUGACUUUAGACUUUUGCAAUGCCUUGAUGGCCAUGUACAAAUUUUCCAUUUUCCAUUUCCAUAUAUGGAUAUGAUGUUCUGUUUGUUUUGUUCUUGUA